UGUGCAGCAACAGGAAGCCAGUGGAGGAAGUGCAGCAGUGUGGUUGUUGUGGAGAACGUAGGCAGGUUGAAAACAAGUCAUACAGAUGCUUUUUGGAUCAUUUGCAGAGGAAGAAUAUGUACAGUAUACACAUUUGACUGUCUUUAAUUAAGGCCUGGACAUAAUCACAGCCCUGAUAACAGCUAGUUCACGUCAUCACGUCUCACACACCGAGCUUUACACCUCCUUCAGCUGGAGCUGCUUUUACUCUGGAAAACUUCAGAAAUUAAUUUAAACCAUAAAGAGAGUGAGACUGAGCACUGAACAAUCAGGAUCAUGGGGAAGAAGGCCCGCAUUGCUUGUGUGGUGUUCUGCAUGGUGGUGGUUCUGAUUUUGUGUCUCAGUCUGCUCUCGCGGCGGAAACUUGGCACUCACUGCUACUCCAGAGCCGCCGUCGCAGCCGACGCGGGAAAAUGUUCUGAAAUCGGCAGGGAUGUGUUAAUGCGUGGUGGUUCUGCUGUCGAUGCUGCCAUCGCAGUGCUGUUGUGUGUGGGGCUGUUUAAUGCUCACAGCAUGGGUAUCGGAGGAGGACAUUACAUCAUCAUCUAUAACGGCACAACAGGAAAGGUGGAGACGAUCGAUGCGAGGGAAACAGCGCCUCAAAAGGCCACGCCUGACAUGUACCAGCGUGACGCAACUCUCUCGAAAAAAGGAGGUCUGGCCAUCGCGGUACCCGGUGAGCUUCGUGGUUAUGAACUGGCACACCGGCGUAAUGGCCGCCUGCCGUGGAGGGAUCUGUUUGAGCCGAGCAUCCAGCUGGCACGCGGUGGCAUCCGAGUCAGCAGAGCUCUCGCCAAAUCCUUGCGUGAAAACCAGAAGGUCAUUCAGGCUGAUCCAGUGCUGUGUGAAGUAUUUUGUGAUUCCAACAAAACCAUCCUGAGGGAAAACGACACAGUCAGAUUUCCACAGCUAGCAGACACCUACGAGAGGAUCGCUAAUGAAGGAGCUGAUGUUUUUUAUAAUGGCGCAAUGGCUGAAACCAUAGUGAAGGACAUCCAGGCUGCAGGUGGCAUUAUAACACUUGAAGACCUGUCAGGUUACAAACCAGUGUUAAAUGAAAGCCCACUGAAGAUCAAUGUGGGAGAAUACACAAUGCACGUUCCUAAUGCUCCAUCUAGCGGUCCUGUGCUAGCGCUAAUCCUCAACAUUGUGAAAGGUUAUAAUUUCUCACCCAGCAGUGUGUCUACUCCGGAGAAGAAGACGCUCACUUAUCACCGCAUUAUUGAGGCUUUCCGCUUCGCCUACGCUAUGAGGAGCAAACUGGGAGAUCCUCAAUACCUCAACAUCACUGACCUCAUCCUCAACAUGACCUCAGAUCACUUUGCUGAAAACAUCCGCAGUAAGAUAACAGAUAACACCACACAUCCUGAGGCUUACUACGGACCGGAAUACUUUAACAAUGGGAAUUAUGGGACGGCUCAUCUGUCUGUCAUCGCUGAGGACGGGAGCGCCGUGUCUGUGACCAGCAGCAUCAACCAGUAUUUUGGCUCUAAAGUGAUGUCGCCUUCCACUGGAAUCAUCUUUAACAAUAAUAUGGAUGACUUCAGUUCUCCGCACAUCAAAAAUCCAUUCGGCAUUCCUGCUUCUCCUAAUAACUUCAUUAAACCAGGUAAAAGGCCGCUCUCGUCCAUGUGUCCGACCAUCAUCUGUGACAAACACAACAAAGUUAAAAUGGUCGUGGGAGCUUCAGGUGCGACGAAGAUCACCACGGCAACGGCUCUGGUGAUCCUGAACUCUCUGUUCUUUAACUACGAUCUGAAGAGAGCUGUAGAAGAACCCAGGUUCCACAACCAGCUGAGCCCCAACUACAACGAGGUGGAGCAGGACUUCGAGAAGAGUGUGAUAGACGGUCUAGCACAGAAGAUUCACAUGACAGAGUUCCAGAAUUCCACUUCAGUGGUCCAGGCUGUGAUGAGGCUAAAUGAUCAGAUCUGUGCUGAAUCAGACCCCAGGAAAGGAGGACAUCCCGAAGGCUACUGAAAAUAUCUAUCAGCUUUUAUGUGCUGUUUGUAUUUCAGAUGUUUGCCAUGAUUAUAUUCCUGUAACCUGUAGGUCUUUUUAAACCAAAGAAGUGUAAACAUCUCUGUCCUGAAGAUGUGGGAAAACUUUCAGUUCCAGCUUUAUUUCUGUCUACUUCACAGCGCUGACAUCGGAGACCAUGUUACAUAAAUAAAUGCAGAAUUAUUCAUAUUUAAAACUGAAACUCAGACGGUUCUAAAGACAGAACAAGCCUUUGUAGAAAUAUUAGAAAAACAAAACAUAACAUAAAUUUAAAGUCACGUAAAGAUAUUGUGGUCUGUGAUUGGUCCGAUACAUGUAUUGUCCACUAGAGGGCGCCCUGAUGUCAUAUCUGCUGAAUGUUUCUUCUUAAAUAUCCUGAUGUUUUAUUAAAAACUGAUCUGAGGUGAAAUAAAUUUCUUCUAAACUAA